CCGCACUCAAUCGAAUCAAGUUGUGUCCGUUUUUAUCUCUCUAUCUCUGUGUGUAUCGUCGCCACCGCCGCAGCCACCGCUGCCGCCAUCAUCAUCGUUGCCACUGUCAACCUCUUUUGCUGUCGUUUCAUCGUGGAAAGCAAAUAAAAAACAAAAUUGUGGAACAAAACCACAUUCAUAAACAUCCAAAAACAGCAAGCAGCAGGCCCCACCCGUGGUGCAAAAAAGCUUUGCGUGUUCGGGCGUGGUAAAGUUAGUGAAGGAAUUUAAAUUGUGAUUCGAUUGAGCUUGUACUCUCAUUUUGUUCCCCUGGCGGACCUUUUCCGGCUCUGUACCUUGACGACGGUGUGUGUGUGUGUGCACUCGGUUAUCUUAGGUGAACGUGUCCCCCAUUUAAGUGAGGAUUACUGGUACGCCCCCGCCCCCCUAAACCCCAGUUUUGUGUUACACAUUCGUGGGAAAGGACUUAACUAUUAAUCUCCAGUGAAACAUCCACCGUGACAUCCACAUCUCCGGUUGCGAAACUGAUGCGCAAGCGAGAAGAGACGCGUAAAAGAUCUCUUGGUGCUGUUUAAUAUUACACUAUUAACAACAACUGAAUAAAUCUUCCAUUUACGAGAUUUCUCUAGUCAAAAAGGAAAUGAGUUAUAGCUAAUCUACGUCUAAUACUAUACAUAAAAACGGGUGAAAUAAAACCAACAUAUUUGUUCGCUGCACAUCCGAUAUAGAUGCAUUAAGUUAAUGCACAUCACUAAACGGUGUGUAACGAGCCGCAAAGUGAACGUUUAAAAACGGUCCGUGUGUACCUUUUGCAGGAAGUAAAUUGUACAAGCUUUAGCGCUUGCUUUAAGGCGCAUCGGAAAAAACGCUUUUCCGGGUGUUCAUCCGGAAUAUCAUCAGUAUUAAUAGUGUUACUAUACAGUACGCAAGGCUGAAGCCAACGACGACGAAAACGACGACGAAGGCGAAACACUGAAAAUACGACAUCCAAUAAAUUUGCUGUCUUAACGUGUGUAAGAACGUAUCGGGCCGGGGGUGCUUACUGGAGCUGCUGCUUAGGAAGUGAAGAAGCGUAACGCCUCCACCGAAAAGGGAAGCGAAAGUACGAGCGCGGUCGGUUACAAUCAUUUACGGACGCCGCACAACGGUUGACACUUCCAUUAAAAGCAUCGUCGAUAGACGAAAAGCUAUCCACUUUGCCCAAACCGAACCGCGUGUCACAAAAGCGGACCAUCGACCGGCAACGACAGAACCAGCUUUGGUUUGCGACCGGCAGUACCGGCAGCAGGGAAGGGAAGCAACAAAGGCGACAACUGUAACACACAUAUCCACACCGCCGCCCAUCGUCUGGUUCAUUGUCGCUUAACUGUGUCAUGAUGACGAACGGAAUCGCUGAUGCGCAACAAAAUGGCGGUGGCCAGGAAGACUCAAAGACCAAUCUUAUCGUCAAUUAUUUACCACAGCAGAUGACCCAGGAGGAGAUACGGUCGCUUUUCUCCAGCAUCGGGGAGGUGGAAAGCUGCAAGCUGAUUCGUGACAAAGUGACCGGGCAAAGCCUUGGGUACGGAUUCGUCAACUACCAGCGAGCGGAGGAUGCGAGCAAAGCGAUCAACACACUGAACGGCCUAAGAUUGCAGAACAAGCAAAUAAAGGUAUCGUUUGCUCGCCCGAGCUCGGAAGCAAUCAAGGGUGCGAACCUGUACGUGUCUGGUUUGCCGAAGAACAUGCUGCAGGCGGACCUGGAGGCACUGUUUAGCCCUUACGGGCGCAUCAUCACGUCUCGCAUCCUGUGCGACAAUAUUACAGCGCGACAGUACAGCACUCCAGCUGCUGGUGAAAACGGUAAUGGCCUUUCCAAAGGUGUCGGUUUUAUACGUUUCGAUCAGCGCAUGGAGGCGGAGAAGGCUAUCAAGGAGUUGAACGGUACUGUACCGAAAGGGUCAACCGAACCGAUCACCGUCAAGUUUGCCAACAACCCAAGCAGCACGAAAACCGUACCACCGCUAGCAGCCUAUUUAGGCCCACAAGCAGCUCGCCGUUUUCCGGGCCCGAUCCAUCAUCCGACCGGACGAUUUAGCAGUGCCAUUCCAAACUAUCGAUACUCGCCACUGGCAGGAGAUUUACUGGCGAACUCGAUGAUUCCUACCAAUGCCAUCGCGAACGGAUCCGGUUGGUGUAUUUUCGUCUACAACCUCGCACCGGAAACGGAAGAGAACGUACUGUGGCAGCUGUUCGGUCCGUUCGGUGCCGUCCAAUCCGUUAAGGUCAUUAAGGAUCUGCAAACGAACAAAUGCAAAGGCUUCGGGUUCGUGACGAUGACCAAUUAUGAUGAAGCGGUCGUCGCGAUUCAAUCACUGAACGGUUACACGCUCGGUAACCGGGUACUGCAGGUCAGCUUCAAGACAAACAAGUCGAAAAAUGCGUAAAAUCAAGCCAACCUGCCACCGGAGCUGUUGGCCCACUGGUUGGCUCAGCUUUCGAUCGUAACCGCGGCCCGCAACAACGUCGGUGGUGAGAUGCAAGAGGAUGCACGUCGCCGUCGACCGGCAGACGAACUCGGACGGCAUCGGCAGGAGGAUCCUAUGGGACUUUCGCGGCGACGUCAACGGUCACGCGGCGGUGGUGGUGGUGAGCGGGAGUUCGGAAUGCUGGACCAGCGGCGCGCCCUCGACGGAUGGAUGAGCGAACUUAAUGAGCUGCUGAAGAUGCGUCCAAUCCGAUAAGCGGUGGUCGCGUUUACUUUAUUUAUUAAUGCCCAUCAUUUACGCAUUUUUCAUUUGCUGCGAGGAUGGCGUGAUGAUUGAGAAAAAGGGCUGCUAGGGCAACAAUCUGGUGGCAUCAGUUGAGCAAAACAGACAAAGGAAACAACAAACCAAAAAAGGAGGAAACAAACGAAAAGAUAAGGCUCAUAGUGGAAAAGAAUAUUGAAUCAGAAAGGAAGCGUAAAGAAAACGGGAAUACGUGAAAAGAUACACCAUGAUUCUACAAGUUUGUGUAAUAUCUCUAGCGAAGAAGUUGUACGGUGUUAGUUAUCAUUUGCACAUUAAUUUCUCCAUCGAAAUAAACUGCCCGUUUUGGGCGAAGGCGAAAAUGGGAAAUAGGGAAAUUGCGGGGAAAAAAUGUGCAAUAAUAGCUAUAACCUUCGUUUCGACAGCCAUUUAGUCAGGCUGUUGAGUGGAGGAGAAGGACAAACGUAAUGCCAACCGGAACCGUAAUAAUAACGAAUGCUGCUGCUAGUGAUACUGUCGUAAGCGGAAGUGCGUCAUAAUGACCAUCCCUAAACAUCGCCUAUGUUCAGGUCAGGCUUUCGAUCUGACUUUUGAGCGGAGGUUUGAGCUCGCCACACCCCCGACGAGACUCGCUAAUAAGGAGAAGCAUAAAAGGAAUGGAGUGAAGAGUAAAUGUAACUUGUUCGUAACACAUCUAUGGAAGGCAAAACAUUUUUAGAAGAAUUUUACACAAGGUUUUACACACGAGUAAACGAAACACGAAGGAUUCACGGUAGUGAAGGAAAGGGAAAGAAAAAAAAAAGAAACGGUGGGAAAAUUGAAUGUACAACAGGAAGGACGAAUGGGAUGUGUGCGCGUUGAAAAGAUACAGGGGAUAGAAAGAGGAAAUGCAGCAGUAAAAUCGAACGGGGGCUUCCCCAGGACAUGGGAUUGCUAGUUAAAAGGGUAAUCGAUAAUGAUGAUGAUGAUGAUGUCACUCGCUGGUUUUUGCACCAUGAAGAAACAAAGCAGUGUGAAAGCAGUUGUUCACUUAAGCUUCCAUUUCCUCCCCUUCUUCUCUGAGAGUUUGGCGGUUCUGCGUUCGGCCAGCAACCGAGAAGCUGAUGGUUGUUUAGACACAUUUAAUUAACUUAUUUAUAUUCAUUUGUGCGUGUUUGCGUUCGUUCGGUUUUUGUUCGUUUUUAAGCAUCACCAGAGCGGCAGUUCGCGCCGGUGACUGGUAUCGUUAAGUUAAAAAGUGCUUUUGAUUUUUAUAUUCUUCGUUCCUUAUUCCUUAUUUGAAGUAGUGUUUUGCCACAAAUUUAAAAGUACACACACACACACAUCCUAUUGAAUGUUAUUUAAUACACAUACAUUUCAAUUAUUGUCACUUGUUCCAUGAUGUUUGCGGUUUAGUUUUGCCAUUUGUUUGGUGUUAUUUUUUGCAUACACGAAUAGAGAGAUGAAGUGCACGACUCGAGAUUUCCUUCAGUCUCAGAUAAUGUUUAGAAAUGUUUACUUUUUUCUUCCUUUCCCCGGUAACGGUGAAACGGAUGCUGAGGUGCUAGUCGCAAACUUGCAAAUUGAACGUAUGGCGUGUAUGUACAUCAAUGUGCUAGAGAAUGUCCAAUGUUAGUUUUGCUAGAUAAUACACUAUUGCUUUUGUUUUCGUUUCUUUUUCAAAUUAAUUUUAUUUAAAUCAAUACUUUGCCGAAUCUUACAUUAGCUGCUUGGUGUGUUUCUGUGUUCAAGAUAGCUUAAACAGAAUUUGUUAAAGAAAUCCACACGCAAUUUAAUUUAAUGUCAUAGUUUAAUUUUAAUCGCACGCGUUUGAGUUCGUUUGUAUAAUUUUGAAUCGAUUAUUUAAGCGAAAUUGUAUCGAAAUUGAGUUGCUUCACAAGAGUUGUUGGUGCGUAAAAAAUGUUUCGAUGUAAAACAAUCAGGAGUGGAGAGAUAGAAAAAAAAAUGUGACACGUGAACCGUGCGCAAAGCAAUGUAAAGUGAAAGGAAAGAAAGUACCAAAUAUGGAAACAAGAUUGUAUUCAAAAUAUUAUUUAUUUAGAAUUGUGUAUUAUUUGUUUAUUUUUGUCUUUAUUUUUUUUUUAAAUAUUCUUUCUAUAUUGUUUUCUGUACGGCUUCCUCCCUACAACUUGUGUGUUUUAAAUAACAACAACACAGUGUGUGUACGGUUGAACCUACUACGUUGCCCCAUGAAGUAGUCACGUUCCGGCCCGCAACCACCUUCAACAGCGUACCGCUGCGUACGCGAAGCGAACGCAAACUAUUUGGGACCACAUUGACCAGUCGUAGCGAAGCGUAGUAGCGAUCGAGGAGAAACUACAAAAAAAAAAACAAAAAACCAAACGAGAUGCAACUUUUUAGAAUCGUUUAAAACGGUGGUAAUUCUCAACUCUCUUUCGCUCUCUUACACACUCACACACUAUACGAACAGUAGCAUAACUUCCAUGCACGACUGCUCGCUUGUUUCCAAUUCCGCCCAAACAAAACAAACAAAUGCAUGUAGUUUAUCUAUAUACAACACCAUUGCUGUGGAGAACGUUACCACACACACACACACACAAGCAGACGGUUUUGAUACUCGAUGCCCUUAGAAUGGGAGCGUAAAAUCGGUAGAAACUUUUUUGUGCGUUCCUGCGUGUGAAGGAACGUUGCUAGACGCAUCAGCUGCUGUGCACAGUGUUGAAAGUAUAUAAUAAUUAUGUUGAUGUUUGCUUUUGUGUUCGAGUCCUGCCAAUAGACUCAUUCCAUUACUUGUUUGGAUGCACUUGUUUUUGAUAGGUUAUUCCACUAUCUACAGAGUGGAGAUAACGCAGAAGAAUUUUGGCUUUUCGAGUAUAGAAACCACUCAAUUUGAGUGAUCUUUCAAUAUUCGUUUGAUAGCAGUAAACAACAAAAAACUGGCCAAUUUGUGUCGACACCUUUCCCAUGAAAUGAAAAACCCUUUAGUUACUAACAAGUAAACACAAUGAUCUGCUCAAUCAAUGGCAAUGGAGUAAACAAAUUCAGGUUGUGCUAGUCGAUACGAUUUGAGAGGAAUCAAGGCAAAUGCGUUCAUUGAUAAAAAAAAGAACGCGCAAUACAAGGUAAACCAAUAACGAUGGAGGUAACGAAGCACUAACCUAGAGCAAACAGUACACAGUGUGUUACGUGGUGAACCAACAAAGUUCCCUAACCUGAUCCAACUGACGAUGAAAAACACAAGCAAACGCAAGCACGAUAAAAGCACAGGAACAAACCCCGAGUACGAGAGUCUACGAUAUUUAUAUAUCUAUACAUCUACUAUAGUGAACACGCCUGUACAAGUAAGUAAGUAAAUUAUAUUUAUAGCUCCCAUCGACCGAUCGUGCGAUCUUUCAAGCGAAAAGCACGGAGAUGGUGGAGCAACUUGGACACCACAAAGAAAGAAACCGUGCGGAAAAAUGCAACUAGAACAGCAACAGAAACAACAACAUCAAUAACAAGAACAGCAAAAACAAGGAAGGAUGGUCAUGGAGUGGGAAAGGAAAAUACAAUAACAGGAGAAAACAUUCAAGGCAUUAAACCUUAUUAGUCCAAUAGUAACAUAUAUACAUAUAAUUCAAUAUUUACAUUCUCAGAUAGGAAAAUUAACGCAUAAUCGAUUAAGUAAUGCCACAAGCAAGCAAACGUUACGAUUCCGUAGCCGUCACCGCCACCGCCGGGCCAAAGUGCAAUAGUUAGGCGAGAGAUCGAGAGAGAAAGAGGGAACGGUUGCACUACUCUAUGCAGCCGAUGUUCUUGAGAUAUUGAUUGUCCAUCUUUAACAUAUUCACUGCAUUAAUUUGAUGUUGUUUAAAUGCUAUAUACGUAUAGUUCUAUAUCGCAGAUUUUACCGUAACAGUUACAUUAAUCGGUCAAAUCACACACACAAACAUGCAGGCAUUCAGACACUACUAUCAAUGAAAUUGUUCGUUGGACCGCUAGUUCUAUCAAUCUAAAAACUUCCAUGAUGAUAGUGUGAAGAUACCGGAAGGCAGCGAUUGGAAAGUAUAAAGAAAAGGGAAACAGAAACUAAACCAAAUUAACAAACAAAAAACAAACGAUAACGAACCACAUCAGUAUUAUUGUAGUAGAAUGUAGCUCUGCUUUCUUCUCCUAUUUAUGGUGCAGAAUGAAUAGCGGAUGUGGAACAUCCAUCCUACAGUACUUCCCCCAGCAGAACCGAUACAGGCGAUAGUUGCGUCAGCGUAGGCAGCAAAAGGGUCACCUAAUUUAGCGUUUAAUGGAGAAUGAAAGUUAGAAUUGUAGCUAUAAAUGUUUAUAUUAUUCAAACUAUUUAAUUAUGUGUCCGCUAUUCUUAUCAAUACCUCUCUUUGUAAUCACUAACGUUCGAUUAAUCAAACCUACUCUCUUGAUCUUAUUUACUUGUGAAGAGCUCCUGUUGCAAAUUUAUUGAUAAAAAGAAGAAAACCAAACCAAAAAAAACUACAAAACAAGACAAACGGUCAAGAACAAAUGGAAAUACUCAAUGCAUGUCAUUACGUUGUACCAGAUCACAUGAAAAGUAAUGAAAAGCGAUAUGUUGUUUUUUGCCAAACAAAAAAAGAAGAAACCAAAACGAUCAUACUUUAUGGCAUCGUGUUUAAAAUUAUUUAUAUUGUACUUCUGCACAUUUAGGUACUACUUUCUCUUUCAAUGGCCGUUGAGAGGCAGCAAAAAAGAGGGGUUUUGGGGAUACACACACCCUGCCACAGAGCGCACUGCAAUACGGAACGAGAGCAAUGAGAUAGGAACACUGAACCCUAUAUAGGUAAAUUAAAAAAAAAAAAACAAGAAGUACCCACACGACCAAUCAGACUUUGUGUGUGAAUGCGUGUGGGUAAAAUUUUCAAGCUAAUCUAUUUUACAUGUUUAGCAAACGUUUUGCUAGUAUCGUAUAUAUAUAUAUAUAUAUAUAUAUAUAUAUAUUGAUAGGAAAUGUUUAAUAAGGCUAACAUUUGAAGAUGAAACUAUUACAACCUGGAACAGCCAACCGAUUGGAUGUGUGUGCGGACGGUGAAAAAUCAAACCCAAGUAUCGAUAGCUGUCGAUAGAAAAAAUAAAAAUAAAACAACAUGUGAUCCCACCAAUGUAAAACCAAGAAAAAGUAUUUGCAACCGUGUAAGAAGAACAACAAACCUACAUACAAAUAAAUAAAACAAACAAACAAAACAAAACAAACAAGCUAACAAUCUAUAAGAAAGUAUUAUGAAUGUAUAGCAGAACGUAAUUAACAUCAUUUUAGUAGAAAAAGCAGAAGAGAAGUAAUAAAUAAAGAAACGAAACUGAAGCAAACACUCCCCCAGCGAAUCCUAGUGAGGAAGCGACUGAAUUGAACCGUAAAAUACUGAUCACGCUCUAAGCACUUAGGUAACUACGAACGAGCACAGCAGCUACCAAAUACCAACCACGCUGUAAUGCCAAAAUCAACGAACAAUGGCAGCAGGAAGCAAAAGCAUAAACAAAGAAAACGGGAAAGUAGAAACAAACAACACGUCAAACGUGUUGCUAGUGAACGAAAAGUGAAAGGAAAGAAAAGAAAAAUCAAGGGGCAAUAAAAGGAAACUGCUAAUGAAGAAGGAGCAAAUAAAGUAUUAAAAAAGGAGAUAAAAAAAUGAACAAAAAUGUUAACAUUUUUGAUAUUAACUUGUAAGCAGAGUUAGAAAAUAAUAAAAACAAAAUAAACAAAACAAAAACAACCAAUUUACCAUUUACACGUUGGAAGAAAAGUUAAAAAAGACACAAAAAAAGUUUACGUGUAAUUACGUGUGUAAGCAAAAUUGGGAGAUUUUUAACGGAAACAAAUUUAGGAAAAUAACACCCGCGAAUCGAAAUAAUCCUAAAAGGAUAGAAUUGAUAGAAGAACAAAAAAAAAACCCAGUGGC